UAGGAUAACUUCUGCUCUAGCUUCUGUUGCUCUGCACUGGGGGAAGCAGAUGAAGCCAGGAAACCAAACGCCGGUGACAGAAUUCAUCCUGGAGGGACUCCCAAACACCAGGGAGCUUCCCUCUCUCUUCUUCCUCCUCUUCCUCCUCCUCUACCUGCUCACCCUGAUGGGCAACGCCCUCACCCUGCUGACUGUGCUCUGCAAUUCUCAACUCCAUGCCCUGCCCAUGUACUGCUUCCUUGGCCACCUCUCCUUCCUUGAUACCUGCCUCUCCUCCGUCACUGUGCCCAAGAUCCUGGCUGGCUUGGUGGGGCCCAGUGGCAGGGCCAUCUCCUUCGGCGGCUGCGUGGUGCAGCUCUACACCUUCCAUUUUCUGUGGAGCACGGAGUGCUUCCUCUAUACGGUAAUGGCCUAUGACCGCUUCCUGGCCGUCUGCCAGCCCCUGCACUACAGCGUGGUGAUGAGCAGAAAGACCUGCCUGUGGCUGGCAGCUGGCACCUGGCUAACCGGCUCAAUCCAUGCCGUGAUCCAGGCCUUCCUGACCUUUCGCCUGCCCUACUGCGGCCCCAACCAGGUAGAAUACUUUCUCUGCGACAUCCCCGCCAUGCUGAAGCUGGCCUGCGCUGACACAGCUGCCAACCAAGUCGUCAUUCUGGCCAACAUUGGGGUGGUGGCGGCCAGCUGCUUCCUGCUCAUUUGUGUUUCUUAUGCCUACAUAGCCUCUGCCAUCCUGAAGAUCCGCACGGUCCAAGGGAGGCAGUGGGCGUUCUCCACCUGCAGCGCCCACCUCACCCUGGUGCUGCUGUAUUAUGGGCCCCCAGUCUUCAUAUACCUGCAUCCCUCUUCGAGUCAAGCAUCCGACGGGGCAGUGGCUGUAUUCUAUACUGCAGUCACCCCUCUGCUGAACCCCUUUAUAUAUACCCUGAGGAACAAGGAGAUGAAAAAGGCCUUGAGGAAAGUAGUUUGCAGACAAACACUUUCUCUGCAUGCAUAA